AGCUAGCAGAGCGGCGGCCUUGCACAGGGGUUCCAGCCUGCGGUGGGAACGGAGAGUCUCAGGGGGGCGGGGCUGCCUCCGUCUGGCCCUCGGCUGCCUGCGAAACGUGGACCGGGUGAUGCCUCAGGAGAAACCACCCUAGUAGUUCCGCUCCGAGGGCGGAAGUGCGCGUCUCUUGUCUGUGCGGCUGACCAGUUGGCGACAUGGUGGCACCCGUGCUGGAGACUUCUCACGUGUUUUGCUGCCCAAACCGGGUGCGGGGAGUCCUGAACUGGAGCUCUGGGCCCAGAGGACUUCUGGCCUUUGGCACGUCCUGCUCCGUGGUGCUCUAUGACCCCCUGAAAAGGGUUGUUGUUACCAACUUGAAUGGUCACACCGCCCGAGUCAAUUGCAUACAGUGGAUUUGUAAACAGGAUGGCUCCCCUUCUACUGAAUUAGUUUCUGGAGGAUCUGAUAAUCAAGUGAUUCACUGGGAAAUAGAGGAUAAUCAGCUUUUAAAAGCAGUCCAUCUUCAAGGCCAUGAAGGACCUGUUUAUGCGGUGCAUGCUAUUUACCAGAGGAGGACAUCAGAUCCUGCAUUAUGUACACUGAUCGUUUCUGCAGCUGCAGAUUCUGCUGUUCGACUCUGGUCUAAAAAGGGUCCAGAAGUAAUGUGCCUUCAGACUUUAAACUUUGGAAAUGGAUUUGCUUUGGCUCUCUGCUUGUCUUUUUUGCCAAAUACUGAUGUACCAAUAUUAGCAUGUGGUGAUGAUGAUUGCAGAAUUCACAUAUUUGCUCAACAAAAUGAUCAGUUUCAGAAAGUGCUUUCUCUCUGUGGACAUGAGGAUUGGAUUAGAGGAGUGGAAUGGGCAGCCUUUGGUAGAGAUCUUUUCCUAGCAAGCUGUUCACAAGAUUGCCUGAUAAGAAUAUGGAAGCUGUAUAUAAAGUCAACAUCUUUAGAAACUCAGGAUGACGAUAACAUAAGACUGAAAGAAAAUACUUUUACCAUAGAAAAUGAAAGUGUUAAAAUAGCAUUUGCUGUUACUCUGGAGACAGUGCUAGCCGGUCAUGAAAACUGGGUAAAUGCAGUUCACUGGCAACCUGUGUUUUACAAAGAUGGUGUCCUACAGCAGCCAAUGAGAUUAUUAUCUGCUUCCAUGGAUAAAACCAUGAUUCUCUGGGCUCCAGAUGAAGAGUCAGGAGUUUGGCUAGAACAGGUUCGAGUAGGUGAAGUAGGUGGGAAUACUUUGGGAUUUUAUGAUUGCCAGUUCAAUGAAGAUGGCUCCAUGAUCAUUGCUCAUGCUUUCCACGGAGCGUUGCACCUUUGGAAACAGAAUACAGUUAACCCAAGAGAGUGGACUCCAGAGAUUGUCAUUUCAGGACACUUUGAUGGUGUCCAAGACCUAGUCUGGGAUCCAGAAGGAGAAUUUAUUAUCACUGUUGGUACUGAUCAGACAACUAGACUUUUUGCUCCAUGGAAGAGAAAAGACCAAUCACAGGUGACUUGGCAUGAAAUUGCAAGGCCUCAGAUACAUGGGUAUGACCUGAAAUGUUUGGCAAUGAUUAAUCGGUUUCAGUUUGUAUCUGGAGCAGAUGAAAAAGUUCUUCGGGUUUUUUCUGCACCUCGGAAUUUUGUGGAAAAUUUUUGUGCCAUUACAGGACAAUCACUGAAUCAUGUGCUCUGUAAUCAAGAUAGUGAUCUUCCAGAAGGAGCCACUGUCCCUGCGUUGGGAUUAUCAAAUAAAGCUGUCUUUCAGGGAGAUAUAGCUUCUCAGCCUUCUGAUGAAGAGGAGCUGUUAACUAGUACUGGUUUUGAGUAUCAGCAGGUGGCCUUUCAGCCCUCCAUACUUACUGAGCCUCCCACUGAGGAUCAUCUUCUGCAGAAUACUUUGUGGCCUGAAGUUCAAAAACUAUAUGGGCAUGGUUAUGAAAUAUUUUGUGUUACUUGUAACAGUUCAAAGACUCUGCUUGCCUCAGCUUGUAAGGCAGCUAAGAAAGAGCAUGCAGCUAUCAUUCUUUGGAACACUACAUCUUGGAAACAGGUGCAGAAUUUAGUUUUCCACAGUUUGACAGUCACGCAGAUGGCCUUCUCACCUAAUGAGAAGUUCUUACUAGCUGUUUCCAGAGAUCGAACCUGGUCAUUGUGGAAAAAGCAGGAUACAAUCUCACCUGAGUUCGAGCCGGUUUUUAGUCUUUUUGCCUUCACCAACAAAAUUACUUCUGUGCACAGUAGAAUUAUUUGGUCUUGUGAUUGGAGUCCUGACAGCAAGUAUUUCUUCACUGGGAGUCGAGACAAAAAGGUGGUUGUCUGGGGUGAGUGCGACUCCACUGAUGACUGUAUUGAGCACAACAUUGGCCCCUGCUCCUCAGUCCUGGACGUGGGUGGGGCUGUGACAGCUGUCAGCGUCUGCCCAGUGCUCCACCCUUCUCAACGAUAUGUGGUUGCAGUAGGAUUGGAAUGUGGAAAGAUUUGCUUAUAUACCUGGAAAAAGACUGAUCAAGUUCCAGAAAUAAAUGACUGGACCCACUGUGUAGAAACAAGUCAAAGCCAAAGUCAUACACUGGCUAUCAGAAAAUUAUGCUGGAAGAAUUGCAGUGGAAAAACUGAACAGAAGGAAGCAGAAGGUGCUGAGUGGUUACACUUUGCAAGCUGUGGUGAAGAUCACACUGUGAAGAUACACAGAGUCAAUAAAUGUGCACUGUAAUGGACUUAAUAACUA